AUUUUUCUCACAGCAAUGGCUUCUUACAUGGACCGAGUGUUCACAACUGGAUUCAUUGAUAUGUAUUGGGCCAGCGAUUGUCUGUGGAAGGUCCAAGGCAAGGAUUUUUCCAACAGACAGAAAAAGGAUCAGGCCUACAGACAAUUGGUGGGAUUCAGCAAAGCCCAUAACAGUGAUGCCGAUCUAAUUUGGGUGAAGAAGAAGAUAGCAAAUUUGCGGACGGUGUUCAAGAAGGAACACACACGAGUGAUCGAGUCCCAACGUUCAGGUGCCGGGAUUGAUGAUGUUUACAAGCCAACGCUAUGGUACUAUGAACAGAUGAAGUUCCUUUUGGAGAAAGAGUCGAGGGAUUCUACCCUGGAGCUGGUAGUGGACACUUCCGCAGCAGAGGCAACAGAACUGGAGUGCAGUGGUGAGGAGUCAGCAGAGUCUCUGUCAACAGCACCACCAAGGCGGAGACGAAAGACUUCAUCAUUGAGUUCUGAUUCUUCGGCCACCAGCUCAGUUCAACUUAUCCAGUGGGCGGAGGAAAUGCUUAAUAGGCCACCGGACAGCACUUGUCAAUUUUCAAAUAUGAUAUAUUCUCAGAUGCGUGGAAUGCCCAAAAGUGUUUGUAGAACUUUCAAGCGCAUAGUAUUUGAUGCAUUAAAAAGGGUCGAGGAUAAUGAACUUUCUGAUGACCUGGAUCUAAUGCCAAAUCCUAUGCGGCAUGCACGAAAUGCCCCAUAACCCCAGUAUCCUUACCACCAACCCUACUAUUAUCCGUCGGGUAAUCCUCUGCCACAUUGUCCAUUUUUUCUGCCAGGACCCCCACCAACACCCACUCUGCCCACUCCUCCCACAAGCACUCUGGGCCUAAUUCAGAGUUGAUCGCA